GAUAUGAUUUCAUCAAAUAAUAAAAAAGAAUACAACAAUGAUCCUGUGUUUAACUUAGAGCAAAGCCUAUAUGAGUAUGCUCUAGUUUUAGCAGAAUUUAAAAAUAAUUCAUUAAAAGAAUUUAGUGUAGAAGACCUACCAAUUUUGCAAGAAACAAGCAACAAGGAAACUGGCAAUAAAUAUACUAAAGAGAUUCUCGUGAUUAAGAUGAAACAACCUACACCAUGUAUCAUAAUCGAUAAUAAUCAUAGAGAAAAAUAA